UGCAUAGCAGCAGGUCGCCAAGGCACGGCCGGAGUUCAGACCAGGGCAGAUCAGCACGGUGCAGCAGCUGGGAGGGACCAUGACCAACCUCGCCCAGUGCCCCUCGCUGGUCUCGACAUUCUAGGACCAAGGCAGGCAGAUGCUUCAGCCCAAGCACUUCUUGGAUUCGCCAGCCAUUGCACGUGGUCACAGAUGCACUGGCGGCACAAGAACACCAUGCCAUUGGGUGAUACAAGGCAAAGGCGAGGCGGGCAGCAGCCUGUGGGUCCUUGCAGCGUGUGA